AUGAUCAUAGUCACAAUAGACGCAAGUUAGUAUACAAUCGUUGCGAGUUUUGUGAACUGCACCUAAUGAUUCAUCGGGUGUCUAAGCCAUCGUUACUAAAGUUAACAGGGCGAAUAAGAGCUUCUUCUCUGCGUAAAUGGAUAGCUUGCUGUACCAGAAGAUGAAGAUGCGAUCACUGGAACAAGAAAUUUAUUGGUCUGGCGUUUCGGACUCUCACUCGAAUCCAUCAUCAGAGACAUUCGCAGAUAAAGGUGAUGGUGGCACCAGGAGUGCAGUAUUUAUAGCACGUGGCUGCCGUGGACCGUAUGCGCACUGCAAUUAACAAUUCUCGCAAUCAGCGCUGAGGUCGUAAUUGAUGCGGUAAUGGCUUGUCAGUCCGCGUCCGAGUCGUUAAUUGCCGUGAUUUCGUCACCCGUGCUGGAUGCUGGUGUGACGAUUGUUCGGCAAACUGGCUCACUGUCACUGUGAUAAUUGCUCGCCCGCGCCCUCCCCACGUGACUGAUUCUCCUGCCCAGGGGAAAUCGCAGCAUACUAUGCUAUAAAUACUGCACUCCUGGUGCCACCAUCACUUUUAUCUGCGAAUGUCUCUGAUGAUGGAUUCGAGUGAGAAUCCGAAACGUCAGGCCAAUAACUUUCUUGUUCCAGUGAUCGUAUCUUCAUCUUCUGAACUGCUACGUGGAACUCGCUUGUUCGCUUCUGGGAGCUUGCUGUAUGUCAGGCGAUUGCGUUUAUUCCCUAAAAAUAAAGAGGAUCGUAAUUUGCCCGUAGUGGCUGUUUUUUUCUCUGCCAAGUGGUUAGUUUUACUUUUUUGAAUAAUCCCUUUUGACCAGCGUGCAAUAAUUUGCAGCACUUGCGUGCAACUCUUCUGACUCACAAUCUGUUCUUUUUACUCUCAGUCCGACUCAUCCAUUUCGACCUACAACCACUGAGCUCUAGCGCCAUCGCCUCACCCUCUGCCUUUCCGUGAAUGUCAUCAUGGUAAGCCUUGGGCAAGUGAUGAUGCGUAAUGUUGUUGAUCCGGUGAGACUAUUUGCUGAGAUGCGUCUGAUGCUUUCUUUCAUCCAAUUUCAAAAAAUUACGUUGCCUUUUAGCCGCCUACCUCCUUCCCCCCCCCGAUGAGUUUAAAAGGUGAGUCUAAACCACGUGUGACUUGCACAUACCUCUUUUCUCUAGACGCUAAUGAUUUAUUUCCCAACGUUGAUCUGAAAACAUGACAUUCAAUUUGUCAGUCGUAUGGUCGUAGAAGCAAUCUGGAAUGUGCAAGAGGCUGUCUUCUUCCAGCGGACUACCCAUCAGUUAUCGGCUCUCUGCCGGCGACCUGGGGCAGUUGGUGCUAGGACGCAUCUUCGAGUGAAACCCAGGUACUCCGUUCGUGUUCCCUAUUUGUUUUUCUGAAAGCGGCUUAGACUUGCAAAUACUUAAGAUUUUUUAAAUUAUUUCUAAAAGAACUUGACCUUGGUGAGGUCGAAAUUGCCCGGACGGUCGGGGCAUCUGUAUGAAUUAUACGUUUAACUCACCCAUAACAGUGUUUGCUGCAGAAAUAAUUGCUUAUCACAGUCGUUGCUUCAAGCAUAAACCCCUAUUGCGAGUAAUUUCUGCGUCCUUAUAUGGAACCAAGCCAAGUGUGCUUGUGAAUGGCCCAGUGUCUGCACUUUUUGCCCUGAAAUGGAGCACUCGGUAGCUGCGCUGGACCAGUACGGAAGCUAGAUCGGGUUCCGGUAAGCGUUAUUGGAAAUGCGCGCCCAUAACAAAUGUCGACAUUAUGGGUGUGACAGUUCUCCUAAGUGCAGGCCCUUGCCGUCCCCACAUUUUGUUGUGUAAAAUUCUGGUCGGCUGUACGUGCGGACCAGGAGAGAGGGUGGUAGUACGCCUAGAUGUGUUGGUUGUCGCCGUGCCAGCCACCUACGCCUGCCUGCCCUUCCAGUCUUCUUGACCGUCAUGACACCGAGCCCCGGUGUGGAGGAGAGAGUGUGGUAGAUGCUUCGCAAGUCUACUGUCACUAUAAACGAAUUCACACACAAAUUUCCGUCCCUGCUGUGGAGCGCACAGUGUAAAUCGUCGGUCACAACGGUCGAACUAUCGUCCGGUGUUAUCGUCACCACAACGGACUGCGCUGAGUCUGCGGAAGCCUAUAAGUGCCGCCGUACAUUCGUGUGGUAGCACGUCUUAGGCAUUUAUGCCGCAUCAGCCACUGUGUCCAAUGUCAUCAGUUGAUCGACAGGCUGGGCAGCUGAGAGAUUGACACGGCAAAUCCGUGCUUUUCUAAUCAAUCACACGGGUUAGGGAUCAUGGCUCGGAAGGUUGCGAACUGAUGUAGUAACUCGAGAGCCAAGUUCAUCAGGACUGAGAACCAAGUCACAAUAACCACUUCAUAAUGUGACACGACCUUUAGUGGAAUUUAACGAACUCGCGUUAGGCGAGCAAGCUGUUGCGGACUAGCAGCGACAGGACUGAUAGGAGUAAGGCUAGGGUCUGGAAAACCACCUACCCUGUAGUAUGCCACAGAGUCCGCUGACGACAGCGAGGCAUGGCGACCGCGAGUCUCCAUUAAAUACGUCCUUUUUACUACUACUGCCUACCAGGCUGACCCUCCACCUAAGGACGACGUUCAGAACUAGAGAGCCGGACUUUCGCCAAAUCCUCUAGUUUGCAUCUAAUGCAACUACCUAGAUGACGAAACUCGACUCAUGCUAGGGCGCGCCUGCAUGAGCUGACGCGUCUGGACCUCUGUCAGUGGGUCAAAUGGCUAGUAGGCAAGUCAACUUGGAGUAGGAAGAACUGCCCAUCGCAUGCAGAGACCUGAGAACUCUUCUUUCAGGGGCAACCCAGAGCCUAACCAUGUCAGUGUAAGGACAGUAUGAUGUGUGUACGUUGACCACCAGCUCCCCAGCGGGCGUUCGCCAGAUCAUGGUUCGCGCGGCAAAUAAAGUGCCACUUUUCUGGAAACUGCAUUGGCCUCCACCACAGUGAUAUCCUUAACGGCCAUGGUCGAUUUGGUGUGCAAGCAGGCCAAAGCCUCACUUAUGCGUCGAAAACCAGUGUCAACGAUGAUUACGCCUGGAGAUGCUAAUAGUAUGCAAAGUGCGGCCUUUUAUGACAAACCUCUGACGUCUGUCCGACUGUCCCUGGCGUAUCGGUUACUAGAAUGCUACGACCGGAAGUAUAACACGUAUGCACGACCAUGCAGUGGAUUUUCUCGAUGGGCUGAUGUAGGUUUUAGGCUUGCACAUAACUUCUAGGUACAUUUGAAUGCAUUUCGGGAGGAAGCUUUGUGGCUCUUUGUCACUUGUAGAAUUGUUGCUUUGUGUUUAUCGUGGUGCGAAGACGUUAUUUGAUGUUUCCUAACUGAAUUUUAUGGGUGCGUAUACUCCGAGUUUCAUCCCGAGCCCCUUUUGUCGACUUUGACGAAAGCAUAAUGUUGCAAUCUAGAUGCCUGGUUCCCGUUCUCCUACUGGGGUUUUCUGGUCUUCCGUAGUUAUCAGUUCUCUGACAAUUUUUGGACUAGAUUCCCAGUCCUAGGACUUGAAAAAGUCCUUAUCUUCGUUUACUCUUUUUCCAACCGUCUUAAGGCUCAUUCUCUCAUAUUAUUUAUCUCAUCCUUUAAGUUCUGUAAUUACACUGCACUCCACUGCCCGUGGCCACAUCUCAUUUCCAGUCGCCUUUACUGGUACGAUUGCUGAAUCCCACAUUAGAAGCCAGGGCUCUUAUAGGAUUCCCAUAAUGUGAUGUGUAAUUAACUAGGUGUUCAUAAAACGGCUUGGCAUUUUUCGGGAUGAGAGGUUUCAUAUUUGUUAUAAACCGUGCUUAACGUUCCGUGCACGUCUAGCUCUCUCACCCUCUCAAUUCGUUUACUCGAAGGCGAACCUCCACUUCUCUCAUCGUAAUGCAGCUUUAUUUCGUGCAGGCGAUUAACUAGCGUACACGUCUUUUUUUACUCAGAUCGCAGUUUGUAUCAGACAGAAACUAUUAUUCUCUCCCUUUUGUGUGCUGAACAUCUUGUUGCUUUUUUACCACUUUUAGACCUGGGUGCCAGGCGCAUCCGUUGGACUCCCGUCCGUCUUUGCCCUAUAUCUUGCUAUCGAAGCCCAUUUCCUAUGGAUCUAGAUGA